UUUAUGUGUAUUUUGUUGUUUCGGUUGUUCAAUAGUAACAUAAAAAUGUCAACCUGCUGAGUUCUUGCUGCUUAACAGCGUGAUAGAUCUAUUUCCUUGAUCAUGAACAUCACCAAAGACAAUUUUAUUGAAAAAUUCUCAACCAUUGCCGGUGCUAUUCUCGAAGCUGACUGUAUUGCCAUCGAUGCCGAAUUCAGUGGCCUUCGACUAAACACGAGCAUUCACUCUCAAUUCGACGAUCAACAAGCUCGAUACGGAAAACUACGCGACACUGUCAAGGAAUACAGUAUUAUUCAAUAUGGCGUGUGCACUUUUAAAAAGGGAGCCGGAUCACGCGUUUACGUUGCAAAACCAUUCAACUUUUAUAUCUUUGGUGGUGACACGGCGACCAUGACGAGCCAACGUAGCUUCCUUUGCAGUGCCAGCAGCUUGCAGUUUUUGCGAUCGCAUAAUUUCGAUUUCAACAAGUGGAUCGAUUAUGGUAUCCCGUUCUAUAACUUUGCUGAAACGUCAACUGUCGUGAAACGGAUCGAUCGGCCCAAUUCAUUACAGAAUCCUAUAAACUUGCAAAUGCUUACAAAACAACAGAUGAAAUUCGUGGAAACAACAAGAAAAAGCAUUGACGACUGGUUGCAAUCUGGAAAGACUUCUAAACCUCUCGUAAUCCAAACCAAUAACUCCUUUAUCCGACGACUAGUCCAUCAAGAAUUACAGGAAGGAAAAUACAAUAGCUUCCUGACUGGACGAAUGCGUGAUUCCAAGCAUAUGUCUAUUCACAAACUCACUGAUGAGGAACGAAAGGAGAACAUGCGUGUUGAUAAUGUUCAAGCAGAACUCAACUUCCGACGUGUGAUUGAACUGAUCAACCAAGCUGGAUGCCCCGUUGUAGCCCACAACGGUUAUCUAGAUGUUCUUCAUACCAUUGAUCAAUUCUGGCAAUAUUUACCAACAAAAGUGACCGAUUUUAAAAACCUUGCCAAUGAAAUGUGGUCAUGUAUCGUAGACACAAAAUACCUUGCUGAAUUCCAUCCACAUUUGAAGCGAUGCUUCAAUACAACGGCGCUGGGACCUCUGUAUAAUACAGUUGUGAACGAAAUGACAGAAGCAGAGUUCUCCAUAAAAAUCGCAGACGAUUUCGAUCGUUAUACGCAGGAUCAGGAUGCACAACACGAAGCUGGCUAUGAUGCAUAUAUGACUGGAUCUGUAUUUAUCGGUUUUGCUCGUUUCAUAUAUGAGCGGGAAGCUGAUAAAAGAGCAAAAGCGAAUGCUGAAGCUUCUUUAAAGAAUGGAAAAGAGAGCAAAAAAGGAUCCGAUUUGGAUAGCGAGGAGGAGGAGGAGGAGGAAAAAGAAGAAGGACAAGUAGGGGAAAACGAGCCACUUCCACGAUUACACGAAGAUCCUCUGCUGGCAGAUAUAUUGACAUCGUAUUACAACCGGAUAUUUGUUACAAGAAGUGAUAUACCUUAUAUUGAUUUGGUGCAUGAGGAGACGAUGCCGGUUAUCGAGGUACCUAAUCGGUUCUUUUUGACCAACGUCCCCGAAGGCAUGACAGCAUAUGGAAUCGAGGUUCUAUACCCUGAACUACGACCCAUGACCAUCCAUUGGAUCAACUCAAGCAGUGCCUGGCUGAUUAUCAAGCACGAUAACAAGAUUGAACUUGCCAAGGAAGGCGUUUUGGGCGAAGAACGCGUCAAGCCAUUCCUCAGAGGCGCAUCUCGUUUUGCCGAGGGCGUUUCAUUGAAUAUUACAGCACCUGCCGCCAAAAUUGAAUUGUAUGGCUACGAGCAGUGGCGGACACGACCCGAGUUUCAGGCAGAUGCAUCGUCGUCAGCUAAUGGACCAGCACCAGCACCAGCACCAGCAUCAACAACAAAGACAUCAGAGGAGGAGGAGGAGGAAAGCUCGUCUGUGGAUACUGCUUCUGGUUCUGAUGAAGAUGAAGAAGAAGAAGAGAAGGAGGAGAAAAGUGGCAAGUCACCAAAGGACACAUCAAAUACAUUAGAAAGGAAACAAGCAGCAACCACAGAACCUUAUGUCCCCGUUGGUGGCAAUGCGUUUGACGACAUUGAUAUACCGAUGCCGCCUAGCUUUAUGCGUGGUUCAAAGCGAAAAGCACCCGAUGAUGAUUUGGAGGAUGAAGAAAACGAAAAGAAGAGCAGCAAGAAAAGACAAUAGUAAUUGUAUACACCAU